AACCACUUCAUCGGUUCAAUCAUCAAACUCUCCCGUCUUCAAUCAUGAUUGCUUUUCAGCCAAUUCUUGUGGUUGUCCUUCCCAAAGAUGGGAUGAUGUCAACCACUCAGCCCACACCAGCCUUGCCGGUCGAUCAAACGGGUUCGUUACCCCUGAACUGUCGCAAGGCACGCUAACGAACCAACCAUAUGGCUUCAUUGCCAUUUUCAGCCCUCUCACGGUUAUUUCCCCAAACUCAGUGGCUGGAAUUCGGGGUUUCAAGGCUGUUCUUUUGCAUACAGUACGGGAGCGAACGAUUCAAGUCUGGGCCUGAUACGGACCCAUGCAUCUCCGCCCCCAGCGCAUCGGAUGGCAGCGGAUGGGUUCUUGUGGUUCUUGUGCUCGGUAACUGGUUUCAACCCAUGGGAUAGGUAAACUCGGCGCUAGGUAGGGAUGAUCAACAGGCACCUUUAACAUAAUGAGUCCUCUGCUUCGCUCUUUUCCUUCUCUUUUUUCCUUCGUUGUCGAGAAGUUCAUUCCUUACUUCUGAACACCAACUUUUUCAAUUGGGCUGUGCCCUUCAUUCUUUUCUGUUGUUUCUAUUUUUUGAGCAGGCCCUCAUUCUUCAAAACUUCUGUCCCCAUAUACCCUUUUUUUCGCUUUCAACAAAGUCUUCCUUGUGCGUUCAAUUAACCAUGAGACUCAGUGUUCUUUUUCGUCGUAGCCAAAUCGAGGGGCUAGUAAUGGGAAGCGGGGUAGCAGAUUUGGAUUUAAUGAACUUGACAAUUGGGAAGAGACAAGAUGGAGCAAAGGGAAAGCCAGAUGCGGGAGGGAAACCGGAUGCAGAAGACAACUCGAAAGGUGGAGCUGGAAAUAAGGCGAGUGCAGAUGGGGAUUCAUCAGGAGACAAAAAACCUACCGCAGAAGACACAAAACCUGCAGACGACAAGAAGCCCGCAGAAGACAAGAAGCCUGCCGAAGACGCCAAACCUGCAGGAGACAAAAAACCCAUAGAUGACAAAAAGCCCGUAGAAGAUGCAAAACCUACAGGAGACAAAAAGCCCGCAGAAGACACAAACCCCACAGAAGACAUAAAACCUGCCCCAGGAGACAAAAAAGAAGAUGCGACUCCGACCCCAACAAAUGCCACACCUUCUAAGGUGAGUUCAUAUUGCACUUGAUCAAGAAUACUCACUCACGAUUUGAUAGCCUACCACUAUCACGAACCCCGCCGUUGAACCUUCUAAAGAUCCAGCGCCUAAAACUUCAACCACACCCCCAUCUAAAGAAACCGCUGACCAGAAGCCUCCGCCAGCUCCUGUACCUACAAGUGUCGAUCCUCCUGCGGCCACUUCGAAGCCCACUCCUCCAUCCGUUGACGAGACAUCAAAGCCCCCAAUACCCACGGUACCUAGUACAAAACCGGAACCUAAAGAAUCCAUUCCAGCUUCGGAUCCGGCAUCUAAACCACCUCCAGCCGCAACAAGCAAUGGAAGCCCACCAAACGCACCUCAAACUACAAACGGUGCUGCUAAAUCGACCCCGCCUGCAAAUGCCCCUCCAGCUACCAAGAGCGACGAUGCUUCAUCUACUCCUCCUCCUCAGGAAACAAACGCACCAAAACCUACAGGAGGAUCACAGCCUUCAAAGGAACCAUCCAAUGGUAAACCUUCAGCAGAUCCUAGUAAAUCAGCUCCACCAAACAAAGUAACACCUGUCCCCAAUACACCAAACACUCCUACGAAAGCUCUCGAGUCUUUAGAUCCAUCCGCCCCUACCAGUUUGCCUCCAUCUUCUGGUCCUAGUCCCUCUGAUGCAACUUCAGCCCCCACUGGAUUUAAGACGAGCAUCGGAUCUCCAACACCAACUCCCAUUACAGAUCCUUCCCGCACCACCGGCGCAGUACCAACUUUGGAAAUUCCUGCUGCUGCAGCAGCAGCUCUAGGAACAGGUCUUGAUGAAGGUGUUGUAGUAAGUGGUAGUGCCUUCCAUCCAGGAAACAGCGCAGCCCCAACUGCUGUUAUCGGAGAUGCUGGGUUUACUCAAACCAUUUCACCCAUGAAAACACCGGUUGGAAUCGCCAGUAUGGUGAUUGGCACUGUUUGUAAGUCCAAACGCAGACCAUACCCCAGAUUCGAAAUUCGCUAACUCACAUUUCACAGCCGGUGUCGCUGCUCUUGCAAUCCUAAUCUUCUUCCUCAACCGUCGCAUCUUCCGUAAACGUCGUCUCGCCGCCCAAGCCGAGGCAGACUCUCCUCCAGCAUCCCAUCUCCUCAGUAACUUCAAAAGUACCCUCCCAACCGGAAUCGCACGCUCAAUGUCGCAAAAGAGUGGCGCAUCAGCAGAUCCCUUCUGGUCACGUGGUCACGGCGGCAGUAAUAUGGGUUCAAACCCAAGCACUCUGAAUGCGAUUAAUAUUGGUAUUGCUAAUGGUAAAUUCGACAAUAGUCUCUCUCCUGUAUUGUGGAUCAAAGAACCUGGAUAUUAUGCUGAUGGGAAGGGCGAGUUUGGUCCCGUGCCUGUUAGCCCACUGCCGCCUCUAUCGGAGAAGAGAUUGUCUGUUGCGAUUGGAGACAGCGGGACGGCUGGAUUUAAUUUCGUGAUACCACAGGAUUCACCGCCUGAGUAUGAGAAGAAGGAAACUCUUCCUGGCAAGCCCUGAUCCGACGUAAUAGAGUGGAAGGUGAUAAUUCCUGAGAUGAGCUGAAAGAGUACCUGUUUGAGCUAUUUGCAAUGAUCCAGAAGAUCAGAAGGAGUAAUAACAGACAAAGAAAUCCU